CGCUCGUGUUUCGUUUUCUUCUCGUGUGCCUUUACUGGAUAAAAAAAUCAAAAGGUGACUGCAUUGGAGGUCCGCCGGAGCUUCGGUGAGAGAUUAUUCUAAAUUGUUCCAGGAGUGCGAAAUGUUUUGUGCUCAUCCCUUUUCUUCGUCGACCUCAACCCAAAGGGUGUCGUCAUAGGCCAACAUAGGCCCACGACCCCCGGGACAUAGAAGAAGACGACACACUUCCAUCAGGAGAAGUCUUCAUAAGCAGCAAGAAAGGAAACAUAGUCUUCAUUGCACCAGAUUCUAUGGCUCGAAUGACGUCUAUCUGGGGUCCGGAUGCUGCACAGUUCAACCCAGAUCGUUGGCUGCAGAGUGGCAAACUGGCGCCAGCAUCUGACAGCAAGUUCGUGACGUUCCAGGCGGGUCUUUAUACUGGCGCUGUGAAAGAUUUGACUUACCAGAGUUGCAAGGUAGCAGCAGCUAUUCUCGUUCGGUUUUUCGAAUUUAUCCGCGCGUGUCCCGUCAAUCGUCCUCCCGAAUAUAGUAUGACGUCCACAUUGGUGAAGGAGAGCGGCCGUCAAAUGUAUCCUCGUUUGAAGGAAAAAAUGGGAGCUACUAUUUAGUUGCGAUAUUAGUUGUGGAGGAAGUUCGUUCCAGUUUAGAUGGCUUUGGCUUUGAAGGACCAAAUGGGAGCUACAAUCCCACAAUGAAAAAUGUAUUGGAUCUUGCAUGUGGUCUCAUAGGGUUUUCUCUCACGUUUAGGUGCUCUGUUUUUGCAUCGAAUGUUUAUUGCAGAGCUGUAUCAAAUACUCGUGGAAUUUUACAUGCUGCAACUUGGG